AUGGCGGGAAAGGAGAAGAGUGAUCCCAUUAAUGGGUGGAUUUACGACCUCAUUUUGAGGAUCUUCGAUAUACCGAUAAACAUUUUCUUCAGGGAGGUCUAUCCGCGAGGAGCGUGGAAAAUUCCCAAGGAUGGAGCUGUUAUUUUUGUGGCUGCUCCGCAUGCAAAUCAAUUCGUAGACACGUUCUUCCUCAUGCGCGUCGUCAGAGCAGAAGCGGGGCGGCGUGUUGCACUUCUGAUGGCAGCUAAAUCCCUCAAACGUGCCGUAAUAGGCACUCUGUCCAAAGGAGUUGGCGCACUUCCGGUAGCAAGAUCCAUGGAUAAUCUUGAGCAAGGGAGAGGAGCCGUGUAUCUUCCGGAUCCUCAAGCCCAACCAACGUUGCUGCGUGGUAGAGGUACCGCGUUCGAUGGUCCUGGUUUUGAAGUCGGCGGGACUAUUAGCUUGCCUAGUAUCAAUGGGAAGACUCACAGCUCGAGAAUUCAAGAAAUUCGUGGAGCAGAGGAGCUGGUCUUGAAAACUCCGUUUGAAGGACAGGAUGCGAUUCUUCAGCUCACGGGCAAACGUAACCUUGAGAGUGGUGGGCCAGAUGAUGAUUUCGAGGGGUGCAUAUUCAAAGUCGCGCCUCAUGUCGACCAGACGAAGGUCUAUGAUGCGGUCUUUAAACGCUUGGAUGCUGGUGGUUGCAUUGGCAUUUUCCCUGAAGGUGGCAGUCACGACCGUCCAGAUUUACUGCCUUUGAAAGCUGGGGUCGCCAUGAUGGCUCUUGGUGCUCUUGCCUUAAACCCAGACUGCAAUUUGAAGAUUGUACCUUGUGGCAUGAAUUACUUCCAUGCUCAUAAAUUUCGGUCCCGGGCAGUUAUCGAGUUUGGGAACCCCAUUGAGAUUCCGCCCGAGCUUGUCCAACAAUACAAGACUGGAAAGAGGCGGGAAGCUGUUAGCACGUUGCUUGAAAUGAUCUACCAGUCGCUGGUCAAUGUCACAGUUAUAUCUCCGGACUACGAAACACUUAUGCUUGCCCAAGCAGUGAGACGUUUGUACAACCCCACUGGGAAACGUUUACCCCUGUCAAGAGUCGUGGAGAUCAACCGCCGGCUUCUCAAAGAGUCCGUCGAAAAGUAUAAUGAACAGCUCAGACUUCUCGGAAUCAACGAUCACCAAGUAGAGUACGCGCGAUUCUCGAUCUUGCAAGUCGUAUCGACCCUCUUCUUUCGCGUGGGGAAGAUCUCAAUUCUUGCCAUAGGCACAGUGCCUGGCCUAGUUUUGUUUGCGCCAGUCUUUAUCGUGUCGAAAGUGUACUCCCAUAGAAAAUCCAGACAAGACUUAAAAGUGUCAACGGUUAAGCUCCAGGGACAUGAUGUGAUGGCCUCAUGGAAAGUUCUUAUUUCCGUGGCCUUCGCCCCUCUUCUCUACGCGUUCUAUACCAUUGUUCUGACCUACUGGUUCUAUCACAACCGCAUCCAAGGAUAUGCACCGGAAUGGAUAGCUGAGAAAAUCCCCAUCUGGAUCCUCAUCAUCCUCGAACUCGCCUUGUUUAUCUCAAUCACGUUCGCGGCACUCCUGAUCGGAGAGGUGGGGAUGGAUAUCCUCAAGUCUCUUCGACCGCUCGUAUUAUGUCUCAAUCCUACAUCUACAAACACGCUUUCAAAGCUGCAAAAACAACGGGCGGGGCUUUCGAGAGAAGUCACGGAACUCAUUACCAGUCUUGCUCCUGAGAUUUUUCCGGACUGCGACGCAGUCGGCACGAUGGAUGGCCCCGAGGCUAUAAGCGUCUCAAUAACCCAGUCACAGAAGCCUCUGCCGCGAAACUCUUCCUUACACAAUCUUUCAGAUAUCGGGUUUUUCUCUACACCUCGUGACGAGUCAGGAAUCGAGGGGUUGCGCAUGAGUUCGUUAGGUAAGGAUGAGAAGAAAAUCCAAUAG